UAGGCUUGGAAUCCGCGCGACGGCCGAAGUAGAGACCAAGCGCUGCCAACGCCCUCGCCGCGGCUGCGCAUUCCAGACUGCUUUGACGUCUGAGCAGCCCAGGCAUCGUUUGCACCGCUCCCGCGCGGCCAAUUCCCAUUGAUUGGGCUGCCCAUAUCACCCAGCAAGCAUGGAAUUCGCCGCGUCAGAAGACGACAAGCCACCGCGCGGCGCAACGGUAGCCUUGCACGGCCUCGCCAAGCAAGCGCAGCACAACGGCGCCACGGGAAUUGUCACGGACGAAAUCAACGAGAAGGACGGCCGCCUCGGCGUCAGGAUUGCUUACGGCGAGAAGGCGCGGACGCUGCGCGUCAAGCCCGGGAAUCUGCGACGCGUGGAGGCGUGUGCGUCUUUUGACGAGAGAGGCGUCGCGCCGUGUCGCGUGCUCUCGCCCAAAUUAAUGAAAGAGAUAGCAGCAAGUUUUCGGGAAAAGCGGCCCUGGGCGCUGCCGCGAGCGGCGGAGACCAUCGUGAGAGCGCAGUUGUUGCGCGAGGACGCGACCAUCGAAGAAGGCUACGUCUCGGUCUCGAACAGCGACCCGCCGGCGUGGGCAGCUUCCCAGGAGGAGAUCGCUAAAAGAGCAAAACAGGCCCAGGAUGCGGGUCUCGAGGCCAUGGCGACGUUGCGAGAUGAGUUGGAUGGCGCGGCCUGCGCGAAAGGACUGCGCUUUACCCAUUCCUUCGAGCACCACGCUCGGCUACUGUACGAAGGCCGACCGCGCGAGGCCCUGGCUUUACUGGUUGGCGUCGGCGACCUGGGGAGACGGGACAGCCCCGCGUCGGUCUGCCGCUGCUACCGCGCGGAGGAGCCGUCGGAUUCGGAGAUGGCGUUGCUGGCGGGAUGCCUCGAGCACGUUCCUCGAUUCCUGGCGUCGUUGAAGGGUCUACCGGAAAGCUUCGCGGUCCCGUUGUCGUACGACGCGAAGGAGACUACUCACGAGCUCCGCAAGGAAUUGCGGAUCACGCUCGCCGAGGAACCGGGCGACGCGCGGCCCAUCUACUUACGAUUGACCUACCCGGCUCUACCAGACAUGCCUUCUCUAGAGAAUGUCAAGAGGGCUAGGAUAGUGGUGGAGAAACAACUUCCAGCCGGGUCGACGGUCGCGCCGCGCUUUGGCUCGAAGACGGCCUACGCAACGGUAAAGGACGCGGAGCGCUACCACCGCAUCCAAUCAACGCAACUGACGGGCCGAACGCGGGCCGGCCACGAGCUCGCGCUCGCCCUCGCGCUCGCUUCAUAUAGACGCGAGCCCGAGCAUAGAGAAGCGAUGGCGCUGUGUCGGCGCGCUGUUCACGGCGCGCGCGGCGCGGACGUCGGUGAGAGGGCCGAAGAACUACUGGAGGAGCUGUGCGCGGCGACAGGCGACGACGCGCAAACUUUUUUAGGAGAGGGCCUCGGCGUGCGGCCCGUCGGGCCGCGGCCGCCGCGCAAUUUGGAGAGGGGCGCCGCCGAGCGCGAAUUGGAAAGGCGGACGCGGGCCCAGCGCAACUUGCAUCUGGGGGCCUAGUUACUAACGGGGG